AUGACACGCCGCAUCCUCCUCAUCAACGGCCCCAACCUCAACCUCCUCGGCAAACGAGAACCACACAUAUACGGUUCCACCACCCUCGUCGACAUCGAGGCUCAAGCCCACGCGCAAGCCGCAUCCUUAGGCAUCUCCCUCGAGACCUUUCAGUCUAACCACGAGGGCGCCAUCGUGGACCGCAUACAAGAGGCAGCCGGCUGGGCCCCCCUAAAGUCGUCAAACGCACCGUCGGCAGAUUCCGAUGGCGGGCAGGGAAAUAUCCACAAACUCAGCAGAGUGUCAGCCAUCAUCAUCAACCCGGGGGCGCUAACACACAUGAGCGUGGCCGUCCGGGACGCACUGUUGGGCGUUGCUAUCCCCUUUGUGGAGCUGCACGUGUCGAAUGUGUACGCCAGGGAGCCGUGGAGGAAGCAUAGCUAUUUCAGUGACAGGGCUGUUGCCGUUAUUUGUGGCAUGGGUGCCUACGGAUACUCGGCGGCGAUUGAGUUUGCGGCGAAGCAUAUGAGGGUGCAAGAAGGGGACGAAUAG